AUGACACACCACACAAAACAUUCUAAUACUCCUCGAGAUAUAAAAAAAGGUACAGCUUUGCUACGUGUAGUGCCUGAUCCCAUAUACCGACAUGCGGCACCAUCGGGACCAUGGCCAUGGAUGAACUUGGAUGUCGACUCUGACUUGGCUGCCAGUGAUACGACCGUCAUGGAUGAACCCUCGCUGCCCUGGCUGGACUACCCUCAGAACAAGUUCAGGAACUGGACGGCAGAUCCAGUACAGCGAAGUGAGAUGUUCGAAAAAUGUUCAAAGAAUAAAUCUAGCACUAUUUACUGGAUGGAUGUGCGUGACUCCGAAGACGUCACCAAGAGGUUUACCGUCCCAGAUAUGGGGGAAAAUGACCAUGGUACUACAAAAGUGCCGAUUGAGGACCCCCAGAAUAAGUUUUGGAAAAUGUUAGAGCAGAAAGCGAGUCUCAUGUUAAAGUUUCGAUCAGAGGGAAUCCGAGUGCGAACGUUGUUUGUGGAUGAUUUGACGUCACCGGUCUUGCGCAUGCUAGGGACAAGAUACAACAUCGAACCAUUCUUUUUCACGUCCUCCCUCAAUUGGAUACCCUCACGAUAUCAGGAAGCGCCUCGUCAUGGAGAAGGAGAUCAUGUCACUAUCACCCUGCCAUUUUUACGAUCACAACAGAAAUCACAAUCGCCAACUGACCCUAAACCAUUGGAUUCCAAGACUAAUACCCCGAUCGAUAUCCAAGCUCCCUUUUCGACAGGCGGUGGCCACAUGUUCUUCAUUGAUCUCCUCGCAAUCCACAUGGUCCGCGGGAAAGAAAGCACUAUCAUAUCCUAUCAUCCCGAAUCUACAGGGCAGCUAACAUCUGCGAAGCACCUCCGCUCGCUCAUACAGCUCGUGGGGAAAAGUGUGUACUGGCAAAAAAUAUUUGACAAGUCCAAAGACCCGACAUUUCUCUUCCUCGCAUUUUUAUGGUAUGCGCUAUAUGAAUGGGACGAGUCCCUUGAUUCGCUGUACAGCUAUGUUGGCGAGCUGGAAUUACAAGUACUGCAUCUGGACAAUAUCGCACUCACACAUGACCUUCAUGUUCUUGAAGCGCGUCUUUUACACUAUCAAUCACUCCUCCAUGGCUUUGAGGUAUCAGUAAAGUUUAUCGAGACGAACCCCAAUCCGGCCAUGGAGGUUGCCGCCAAAAAAGAGCGUAUGGAGUCUGGUGCACUUAUGAAGAAGGAAUGCAAGAAUCUACUCAACGAGAUUGAUCGUCUGGAAAGGCGACGGAAGAUGCUGAGCAGUCGGCUGAAGAAUGCUAUGGAACUUGCAUUUGCGAUCGUCAAUACUGAGGACAGCAGGCGGAUGCAGAGGUUCACAUACCUCACGAUAGUCUUCCUACCAGCGAGUUUUAUUGCGUCUAUCUUUGGGAUGAACGUUAUGGAGAUCAACAAUGGGACACAAACACUCACUCACUAUGCGGUGGCCACCGUUGUGCUCACGCUUUUAACGAUUUAUAUCAUCAUCAUGCUUCAGAAACAGAACAGCGUCCACAGACGCGAGGCUACCUUGCUGCAGCGCGCAGUGUGGCCCAUUCUCUCUCUACAACAUGUGUGGGUGUUACAGUACAAGAAAUCGCUAGAUGACAUGGCGUGAGGAUAUGGAUUCAAACAUAUACAUACUCACAGUAACAUACCCGUAAAAUAUUCCAUGCUACAU